CGCCUUUCUGUAAACUGAUCCGGAGAGUGCAAUUGUAGUUCACAGUAAAUUCAGAUAUCAAGGUAUCUUCUUUUUGCUGGCGUUUUCAUGGUUGAAAUAUGAAAAUAGAAAUUAAACGGAUCAAACAUUAAGAAAGAUAUGAGUUUUGUGACGGUGUGUUUCUGCAUUCUUGUUGCCUUAGGGCAAUCUGAAGGAGAAGAUGUUGAGGAUGUUACCAUUAUUGGAGCCGGUAUUGGUGGGACCUACACAGGAUGGAGACUAAGGAACAAAGGCCUCCGGAUUGGUAUCUACGAAUACUCCAAUCGUGUUGGAGGAAGGAUGUACACGAAGACUUUUCCAGAUGCCCCUGAUGUUCCCAUUGAAUUGGGUGCCAUGAGGAUAAAAUCUAAAGAACAAUUGAGAAUGAUUAAAGCCGGUAGAGAAUUAGGAUUAAAAUUUAUACAUUUUACUGAGGAAAUGGGACGGAUUCCAAAUCAUACACUUCUUUAUCUGCGAGACACACGCUUGUCUAUCCCAGAGCUUGAGACCUCAAAAAAUCCGUACAGACUCAGAUCUGGGGAGAGAAAAAAUCCCACUUACUUAAAAAAAACACUCUCUGAAUUAUUCACCAACUAUAAUGGCUCUGUUCCAAGAACUGAACUUUUUACUGCUUUCACUCUCAGUGAUGGGAUGCCUUUAUAUUUACAAAGCUAUAGCGAAGUCAUUCGAAAAACUGGAAUAAGCAAUGAGGCAUACAAUUAUAUCUUUUACAACGAAUUACAUCAUGGCGGGUUUGGAAAUGGCCAAAGCAUUGAGCGUAUCCCUAAAACACGACAAGGAUAUGAAAGGAACAAGUAUUCCACUGGACUUCCACCCGUUGUGACUGUUCCCACAGGAAUGGCUUCAUACCCAAAAGGAUUUAUGAGCCAUUUCUUAGCACAUAACCCCAAAAGGCACCACUAUCAUCCAAAUAAUCAACUGAUGAAAAUAUCCAAAACAAAAGGAGGACUAUACCUUCUCAUAUUUAGGAGAACAAUAACUAUCAAUGGCAAAACCAUUCCUACAGCGAAAUAUUUUGAAGUUAUAACACGUAAUGUAAUACUAGCCUUACCAAAGGUACCAAUACAGCAGAUUCAGAUGCCAAACUCAAACAGUUCUGUUUUCCAAUCGGCACUAAAUUCCAUAAAAGAUGUGCAAGCUUCAAAAAUUUUCCUUGUGUACGAUUACCCUUGGUGGCUCGAGAAGCGCUUCAAUUUUACAUUCACCCAAGCCGAUCUUCCGUACAGACAAUCAUUCCACUGGGGACUAUCCCGUAAUGGCAAAGGUGUUUUUCUCCUGUCAUAUGCUGACGAUGAAGAUGCUGUGUUUUGGGGUCUUCUUCAACAAAGGGGAAACGUUAUCAGCAAAAGAAAUGACGAUACUCGGAUAACAGAUGAGGUUAUCAGACACGCACACGAUCAGAUUUCGAAAGUUUACAAGAUAGACUACAGAAAUAUUCCUGCUCCUGUUGACGGCAUGAUGCAUGUUUGGAACAAAUAUCCUUUCAAUGGAGGAUGGGUGACUUGGAAACCCGGAUCUAGAUGGUAUGACAUCAAAAACUACCUGACAUCACCAUUUCCUCAAGACAAGAUAUUUAUAGUCCACGGUUACUGGGGAGCUGAACAUAAUGGAUGGGCUGAGAGUUCCUUGGAGGCUGCAGAUGAUGUUUUGACCCACUUUGGUGUACCGUCUUAUCUUUCUUUCAACGUAUAAAAGAGCAUGAACAAAAACAGUCACAAAAUAUACAUUAUAGCUGAAAGUCCGAUUCAAUAAGUAUGCGUGUGUAAUUUUUGAAUAACCUUACGUAUUUUUGAAAUGAUCAUCUCAUCUUGACGUUUUAGGUCGAAGUCAAUGACAGAUUAAAUUUGUUUUCUAGGUAAAAAGUUGACUUUCAUCAUUAAACUA